GCCUAGUGGUUAAAGCGUUCGCUCGUCACGCCGAAGACCCGGGUUCGAUUCCCGACAUCGGUACAAUGUGUGAAGCCCAUUUCAGGCCCCGAUUUCUCGAAACAAACUUAAGUUCAAAAACUGACUCAAGUCUGAGUUUUUACUCAAAUCUGAGAAAACUCAGCAAAAUGCAUUUCUCAAACCAAACUGAGUUCAAUUUUCGACUCAAACUGAGUUCGAAACCACAUAAAACUUAAGUAAGCCUACAUGGUAACUUAAGUUUUUAUUCGGACAAAAAUGGCGAUUGCUAAUAGACGUAAGCGGAGAUCGAGAAGGAGACAGGUUAUUUCCAGGCGGCUUACCGAUCGUGAAAACCCACUGGAAUACAUGUCGGACGAUGAUUUGUUCCUUAGAUUUAGGUUUCGGGCGGAAACGAUUCUUUACAUCGUGUCACUCGUGUCCAACAGACUGCAAAGACCCACUCAACGUAACAGCCCCCUUCCACCCCUAACACAGGUACUUGUUACGCUGAGAUUCCUUGCUACGGGGGGCUUUUAUUCCCUCAUUUCUGACUCCUUCUCGGCAAUAUCUGCACCAUCGGUCUUCCGGUCUGUCCGAGAUGUUUGCACCAGUCUAUGUUCAGCUGCUUACCAGUUUGUGAGGAUGCCGACAGGAUCAGACGCAGACACCACAAAACAGAAGUUUCACAAAAUCGCAGGAUUUCCAAAUGUGCUAGGAUGUGUAGAUGGCACAUUUGUAAGAAGCAUAGGCCCAAAGGUGAAUGAAGGUGACUACCUGAAUCGUAAAGGCUAUCUUUCGAUGAAUGUUCAGGUAUGUAUAUAA